UCUAACCUACGCUGUUCAGGCAUCAACUUUCAGUGGAGCAAAAUUCUUGGAUUUGAAAUGAAGAUUCCGAUUCAAUACAUUCUUCUUAUGUUUAUCGAGGCAUUUCAAUUGAUUAAAGGUGAGAAAUGCUGGAUGCCUAUGGUUUGCGACGGGAAACCCACUUGGAGAGACGUUAAUACUAAAGGACAGUGUACAAAAGAAGAAGAUAAGGCUUUGGAAGCUUUAACGGAAAAAUUAGACGGGAUGGAAAGUAAGUUCCAUCAAUUAAAAAUGACCAUGGAAGAAUCAGAGACAAUUUCAGUGCCACCCUUUGUUGUAGGUGUCAAAGAAAUGACCACGCACUCUGUUGUAGGUCUCAAAGAAAUGACCACGCCCUUUGUUGUAGGUGUCAACGAAACGACCACGCCCUCUGUUGUAGGUGUGUCAGAGAACCGACCACGCCCUCUGUUGUGUCGAAGAAACGACCACCCCCCAAGGUAUAAAAGUCUAUGUCUUUUUGUACCGCAUGCAGUCGAUCUUACAUGUGAUUUUGAAUCCUCAACCAACCCUACAUGCGGCUACGCGAGAGUUAAUGGAACAUUUCAGAGAGAAUACAGAGAUAAUGACGUUACAGGUUAUGUUCUUGCUGGUAAUGGUACAAUCAGAUCCUUACCCAAGGCUUUGGCUGGCAAUGAGGAACUAUGCAUGAGUGUCGACAUAAAAGAGACAUCUGAUGGAGAACUGGUGGCUAAGGCUUACAAUGGAACUGUAACGAAAGCAAUUUGGCCGUUUUCUGCGUCUACUUUCUGGAAAACCGAGAAAUUCAUUUUAAAGAAAGUAAACUCUGCAGAUACAGAGGUCCAACUUGAGCUUGUGGCAUCCGGGAACGUAGAGUUAGACAACAUAACAACUUUGAACUCCUCCGAAUGUUAUGGUCUAGAAUAUGGCGUUGUCUAUAAUUCCAAACGUUUUCGAGCGAUCUUGAGCGGGGGCGUCACGUUAAGCGUCGCUGAAUCUCUAUGCGAAAACAAACUGGCUAACAUUUAUGACGUCACACACUACAACCUGCUUCAAGAUUAUUUACGAACAAUGAUUCCUGAUGACCGGUCACUAAUUGGUCUUCGUAUCGGAAUGACUUACGAGAACGGUCAGCUGUAUUCAACGACGGGCCAAGCUAUAUCUCUGCCAACUGAGGUUUGGUAUCCCAACUUUCCACAUUCCGAUGCAUCGCGCACAGAUGUUGUUGUUCGUGUCAGAGAAAACCCUGAAGAAAAUAAUCAAGGGAUUUCUAAUGUUACUCCUUCCAAUGUACAAUACGCAGCCAUCUGUGAAAAUGAAUUAUAACUUUGUCUUUUGAAUGAUCGAAAAACAAAAAAACGUAGAAUUACUUGAGAUUAAGAGUUAUUGUUAUUCACCCUAGUAGAUAAGUAUUUCCACAGUUGAACAAGCAUAUGCUCUCGAAAAUUCGUUAGCCACACAUACAUCCUAAUUUAUACCCCAACUUACUGUUUCCACGGCACACAGUUGAACGAGCAUAUCAAGUAAAUAUAUCCUGCAUGCGGUAUGGCAUGACCUUGAUAAGGGAUACUUAUCACUUGUAUGAGGCGGUUAGUUUACCGAUACUUUUACUUAUUGAAUGCAUUUAAAACGUCACGAUGAUGGGGAUUUUGUAACUGCCUGAGAUGUUUCAAAUUUUUAUUCAGAACAAGGCUCUGCUUACUUAUACUUGGAAAACUAAGAAUCGUUUGUUUUGGCUAAAUUCGAACUGUAUUACAUAUAUCACAAUGAGCCUGAGAUACAUAGGUCACAAUCGGCCUUCUAGAAGAGUUAUGUUCGCAUGAUAUUUGAAAUUAUAUUGAAAAGAGACGGAAUCGAUGACCAUGUUCUCUUAUUUGCUCCACACAAUCAAUAUAUGUUGAACCGAUGCGAUUUAAUGCCCACUUAUUCUAAUGUUCUGCCUGACGGGCUUUUCUUGGGUAGGAAUUUCAAUAAAACUGCAUUCAUUGUUAGAUUUCCACCGAACAAACUAUUUUUUAUUUUUUAGAUAUGUUUGAAGUUAUUAUUUUAACCAAUUUGUUUCUGAGUGAAUGUAAAUAAUCUUAAAAUAUUGGCGAUUCGUUUUAUUCAAAUAUAUAUUUCAUGUUCGAGAAAUUUCCUUGAAUUACAAAAAUGUUUGAUACUACGUCUUCGUAUCUGUAACCUCUAAAUAUCUAAAAAUUUUAAGUUUUAAAAAGACAUCGUCUUUAAAUAUUCGUCAUUGAACCUUUUUGAUGAGGCUGUAAAAUCGGAGAAAAUCACAAUCGAAUCUGAAAAAAUAAAACUAAUAAUGAAACCUUUGGUAAAUGCAAACUUUCUUUAAUUAAUUCGAAUUUAUGGUGAAAUUUUGAUUUUUUUUUGAAAACAUUAAAAAUCUACAAUUCCGACAAAUUCAGAUCUCGCUCUAGUGGGAACUCCGACUCAACAGCCCUGUAUUUUUUCAAGUUUGUCAUUUUGCGAUGAAUCGUUUUAUGAGAAUCAUUUAAAAAACUUGAAAUCAAAAUGACCAUAAACAAAUGUACAGAGUAGUUUUAAUAUAAACAUAAUUAGUCGGAAUGGAUUUUUUAUUAUUUUGCAGAAUUUAUUUUGUUAUUGCUAUUUUAACUUUUUUACCUACGAAUACCAUUCUA